GGGGCCGCGGUACUAUGAAGGAUGGAAGCGGACGAGGUGACGAUCCGGGAGCAGAACUUCCACAGCCAAGUGCGGGAGUACACGAUUUGUUUUCUCCUAUUUGCUGUCCUCUAUAUAGUUUCCUACUUUAUAAUCACAAGAUACAAAAGGAAAGCAGAUGAGCAAGAGGAUGAAGAUGCCAUCGUUAACAGAAUAUCGCUGUUCUUGAGCACCUUCACUCUAGCAGUUUCAGCUGGUGCAGUCCUGCUUCUACCUUUCUCAAUAAUCAGCAAUGAGAUCCUGCUUUCUUUUCCACAAAACUACUAUAUUCAGUGGUUAAAUGGCUCACUAAUUCAUGGUUUGUGGAAUCUUGCCUCCCUUUUUUCAAAUCUAUGUUUGUUUGUGUUAAUGCCCUUUGCAUUUUUCUUCCUGGAGUCAGAAGGAUUUGCUGGCUUAAAAAAGGUAGGAAAAUCAGGAAAACAAAUGUCUCUGAGACUCAGUUCAUGUUUCUGUUUCCAAAUACAGAUCCUGGAAGACCUAGAUGAGCAGAUGUAUAUCAUCACUUUAGAGGAAGAAGCAAUUCAGAGGAAGCUUAAUGGUGUAUCUUCCACAGUGGAAUACCAGACGGUAGAGUUGGAACGUGAGCUUGAAAAAGUGAAAAGCAAGAAAACAAAUCUAGAACGGAGGAAAAAAGCUUCUGCUUGGGAAAGGAAUUUAGUUUAUCCAGCUGUCAUGAUAUUGCUCCUGAUUUGGACAUCCUUUUCAGUUCUUUUAGUUGCUCUCAACAUUCUUUACCUGUUGGUUGAUGAGACUGCAAUGCCAAAGGGAUCAGGGGGACCUGGAAUAGGAAAUGCCUCCUUAUCCACCUUUGGCUUUGUGGGAGCAGCACUUGAAAUCAUUUUGAUUUUCUAUCUUAUGGUAUCUUCUGUCGUUGGCUUCUACAGUCUUCGUUUUUUUGAGAAUUUCACUCCCAGGAAGGAUGAUACAACUAUGACAAAGAUAAUUGGAAACUGUGUCUCAAUCUUGGUGCUGAGCUCUGCUUUGCCAGUGAUGUCAAGGACACUGGGAAUCACCAGAUUCGAUCUCCUUGGAGACUUUGGAAGGUUCAACUGGCUGGGGAACUUCUAUAUUGUGUUAUCUUACAACUUGCUCUUUGCUAUCAUGACAACGUUGUGUCUGGUCAGAAAAUUCACUUCUGCUGUGCGAGAAGAGCUCCUGAAGGCAUUAGGAUUAGAUAAACUUCAUCUGUCAAACAAUCCAAGAGACUCGGAGACAAAGCCUUCUGCAAAUGGCCAUCAGAAAACACUGUGAUAACAAUCACCUACAAUCAACAGAGCUGAGAACAUCAACCUCAUGGCAUUCCUGUCAUCUCAUCAGCAUUUUUAUAUUGCUUUUAGUUGUUAGUUUGGUUUGAGCCUUGUCUCAUUUUGAUGCUGUGUGCUUCUGAGGAAAUUAGGUAUGACAGAUUCUUCUCUUUCCAGUGAACUUUUGGUCUGCUUGUUUAUUUCCCAGUAAGUUAAUGCAGGAGGUGCCUUGAAGACUGGAAGCUGAAGAGAAAAAUGCAUUCCUUUUUAUUUGUUGAAAGUUUCACAUCCUUAUUUUUAAACUUGCUACCAUUUGAAUGCACAGUACCUCCUGUUUUACACAAACACAGCUAUAAAGAAUAACUUUGUGACUUGAUUGAAAAAAAGAAAAGAAGAAAACAUACACUUGAAGGCCAAUAUGACCCUUACUGGAAAUGUAAAGUACCUGGAGUCAUUCUCCGUGACAGGAGAUAAACAGCUCUACUGAGAGUGAGUUAAAAAAGACAGGAAAGAUCACAGUUCCCUCGGUGCUGGAUGCAGUAGGCUGUGUCAUGGAGCUUUCUUGGCAGGCCAGUGUUUUCAGCUCUCUGUCCUUGGCUCUAAAUGCCAGCUUGCUUUAUUGGUGAUCAAACGAUGUCUUAUGGAAAUCCAAGAUGAACAUUAACUUCAGUGUUAAAUCUGAGCCUGGUAUGCUUUGUCAAAAGCUGUGUAGACCCCCUGUCACAGCUCUCACAGUUCUGUGAGCAGUUGUGCCCAGGAGGUCCCUUCCCCUGCCCAGUACCCCCUGUGAAAUUCUCCAUGAACUUUUCCAUCAAGUAAGAGCUUCACACUUCUUGAUGUGUGUAAGCAGUACCUGGAAUCAAUGCAAGGAGCACAGGCCUAGGAGGCUGCAGUUGCAGUUUUCUACAAUCUUUAAUUCAAAUUUAAUUUCUCUGAAUUUAUACUUCAGUUACCAGGAUUUCUGUUCAGUGGCAUAAUCCAGUUAUCUGUCACUAUCCUGUUUUUUAAUGUACACAUGAACAUGUAUAUAGGCCCAUAUGUGUAGAUAUCAUAAAUUAAAUUCUAAGGUUAUAGAGGUGACAAUAGGUGGUUUGGUAAGUAAAACUUGUGUGUUCAGUCUUGGUAGUUUGAAUUUCUGCAGUGUUACAGUGUAACUGCUCAGAGGCCUUAGAUUCAAGAUGGCAUCAGUGAGUGAUAAUGUCCUUUCUUGUAGCAUUUCCUUGCAGCCUUAGGAAUCCUUUAAGCAGUUUAUAGUAAAGAAAAAUACCAAGUAAGUAUUCAAAAUCUGGUUGCACUUUUGUCCUGCUCAGCCACAGGUAAUCUUCAAACAGACUGGAAUGGGGACACCUUCAAUGAGUGCCCAUCUCGUAGGGAGCCAGAAAAUUUUCCUGUUCUUUUCCCGUUUGUGUAAAACAAAACUGCCUGUCUGUAGUUUGAGGUCUUAGUUGGUGACAACUUGGUUUCCAGUGUGGUUCCAAAGUAAGGUAAACCUUGUGUCAGAAACUCUUUGGCUUUUCUCCUGAGAUGACUGCUCUGGGCUGUAGACCUUAUUGCUGUGUGUGUGAAUGUCUGCUCGGUUGUUUUCCCCUAAAGUGCUUCAAAAAUCACGCUCCAGUACACAUGAGGAUUUCUCUUUAUUGCAGCUGCCUUUUCUGACUUGAACUGGGGCAUAAUGUAAAUAUUUCUGUAGUAAACAUGAUUCUAGAGAAUUACUUUUUUUGUUGUGUGUGUGUGAUUAGUAUAAAUCCAAGGUUUAAUGAACUGACUGUUGAUGGGUUGUAUCAAGUCUUGGAAGAAAAAGUAAAAUUACUUGAUUUCACUAAGAUUUACAAGCAUCUUUUCUUUGUUUAAUGCUGACACUUUAGUGAGAAAUCUUUAAGUUCUACAACCAAUAACAGAGUGCUAUAAUUAAAAGUUGUUCUAAAAUGAGUUUAUAUUUAAAAUACUGGGAGAUAUAUUAUUAGGGGCAUCAGUCAGGUAUUCUCAGAGCUUGUAGCCUUAUGUAUUGGCAUCAUAGUUAAAAACUGGUGACAUGUGUUCACUUUUUCAUGCAACUCAUUGUAUGACCAAAAUUGUUCUCAUGUCUUAAUUGUUCAGGUGACUCGUGGUGUGUGAGGCCAGUUAGCUUUAUAGAAAUAUUUCUGUUAAAAUGUUAAGACAGUUAAUACACUCUGAAGAAAUUAAUAUUAGGAAUAAACCUAGGAGUAUGAACCAGCAUAGGUCUUGUUCUUUGUGCCUUUGGAGAGGUGUUUGUCAUGGCAUCAGUGACCCAAGAACACAGAAGAAGGUGGACUAUAAUGUGUGUGUGGCUUCUGCAAGUGAGUUGGGCAAUUACUUCAACUGAGCAGGGGCAGUUCCUGUCGAGAAGCACCCAAGCUUCAGGCAAGACUUUAAAAACUCUUUUUCAAAACAAAUGUUAGAGCCUCGACUAUCCCCACCCCUUCUGCUGGAUUCUGCAGGCAGAUGUGUGGGUUAAGGCUACAUUAGGGAAAACUUUACCCUGGACUCUUUGGGAUGGUUGAGGUGCUGUGUGGUUUCCAAGAUGGGUGAGAAAUUCAGAACUACCCUAUGUAACUACUGACAGUGUUUUGUUUUAAAAUCAACUGCUGAUAUUGUGACACUGUCUACAUUAAAAUAUGCCUUUUGCCUUGAAAAUGACAUGCUUAUGCAAAGCUUUGUCACUGCAUGCAAGAUACAGGUCACUGUAUACUUUUCACAGAAGCAUAUGGUCACUUAAGUACAAGCAACUGGUAAUUCAUUAAUGGAUAUUGACAAUACAUUCCUAGUAUUUUGACUCAUGUAGAGUCAGGUGGUCUAUACCUGCAAGGUAUAUACAGCUGAUCUUAGUAACAUUAACAUCUGCCUCACUUCUUACGAGGCAAAAGCACAUCAAUGCUUCCAUCUUCAACUAGAUACCACACAAGACCAAAAAAUAGAUGUAAACUGAGUGUUUUAAUUUAGCUGUUUUUUGGCUUUUUUUUCUGUGUUGGUAGCACAAUAUUAAAUGCAAUUGCAGAACUGUAAUAUUUGUGGGGUUUUUAAGCAUAAAGCACACAUGCUUAUCACUUUAAGCUAAAAAAUAAUAGUAUUGGUUUAAUGUACAAGUUACAGUUUUGCAUUCAUAGGGAACUUUGUUUACUGUCUGUAAUGUGCUGUUUAUCCUUGGCCCUGUUCCUCUGAUACCUUUGAGCCUGUUGGCUGUUUUAGUGUCAUAGAGAUUAAAAAUUUGACAAGUUGUUUUCCAUGUCUGGUUCCCAAGUACCACCUGGAGCACCGGUGGAGGGAGGGCUGGGCUGCCUGUGCAGGCAGGAGCUCCUGCAGCAGGUGCUUGGCAGGAUGGACACGGGAGCAGAUCCUGGGGACAUGUCCCCUCCUGUGUCACCAGGAGUGGCACAUCCUCCUCUGUGUCACCAGGGGUGGCUGCAGCCCCUGUCCAUCCCACCAUGUCUCUGCCACUCACCUGUGAGGCUGUGCAGCAGCUGAUGCUGCUUGAGGUGCUCACAUGUGCCCAGUGCUGUGAAGACACAAUGGCCCUUUUCUUAAGGAAUUUACAGUCUAAAUUAGAAAGGAAUAAGGUAGAAAAAGAAAGUUGUUGGCCUCUUCCUGCAUGUGUCUUUCCUUGAGUUGUUGAAGCAUGCUUUAGGUUAUUUCCCAUCUCUUUUUCCUCUUCCAGAAGUGGGGUGGUGGUGUAUGUACAGCAGCUGAGCCUUACCCUUAGUGGACUGGUGUCUUAAAUUUAGAAAUAACAAGAAAGCAGCUAAAUUCUAUUUACCAUCGUCUCUGUUCUUGAAAAUAGCAUUUUUUUAAAAUCAAGAUGAAAUACUCUAAACAGAGACAGGACAUGAAGGCCAUGUAAAUAACCUCUUCAAAAAGAAAUGCUCUUAGUUUUAUUUAAAAGUGUUAAUGUGAACUGUGAAGCUUUAAUUGCUUUAAUGAAAUAAGAUUCCCUACCUCCUAGUGUUAGGAUUUGUGUUGUUAUUUUAGUGCUGAGUUGAGACAAUAUUACCUACACUGACUUCCCUCCCCAACCCGUGAACACUGAAGUUGCUGUUGGUAAUCUGGCAGUUUAUCAGUCACAUUGUCAGGAUUUGAACUUUACAAAAAUGUAUCCCAUUCAGCAAGUGCAAACUAAGGCCACAGCCACCAGCCACAUGGUGAUAUAGCUUCUGUCCCCUUUUCUACCUUGCCCCCUUGGGACAGACAAAACAUGAAAUAGAAGAAGAAUCCACAUAGAUUUGAUUUAUGUACUGUAAGAAAACAUACUAAAGGCAAUUUUAAUUGAAGGGUUUUGAAAUAUUUCACAACUGUAGCACCUAAAACUCUUCUUUCAAAGAGAAAGAAGAUUGUGUAUCAUUAGUAUACAAAUGUCAAUUGUAUGUUCUCUAAAUAAGCCAGUAAUUCACUGACACUGAAAAAAAAAAUUCAUCACUUCUUGAAACCUUCUUUGUGAUUCACAAUGAAACAGUAUCUUGGACUUUUAUAGAAGCCUGUGAACUUCUGAAGGUAUCUCUGUCUUGGCAACAGAAACCUGAGAAUGCUUGCUACUUUUAUGUUAAUUACCAUAUUUUAUCAUAACUUUUUAGUUUCAUUUAGUGCUCAUAAUUUUUAAAAAAUAUAUAUAGCAUUAAAUGUUUUAACAAACAACAAACAGUCAAAGAGAUAGUGUGAGAAAUAUUCUGUAAAUGCUGAUAUUGACAUACUGAAUUCCAAGCUAUUUAGAAACUGUCUGUAUGAAGGCCUUAUUUCAACAUAGAAAUUAGGAAAUCCUAAUCCUUAAAGGCUUUUAGGUAUCUGAAUGUAGAUAUGUACCUACUUGAGCACUUUGGAAUGCUGCUUCUAGGUGUUUGUUGAUCACUAACCCCAAGUGUUGCUGUUGCUUUUCUCCCUAUCCCCAUUACAUUAAGUUUUAUAGUCGGCAUCACUGGAUGAAGCUCCUGUCCUGAACAGGACUUUAUUUUGCAUUCCUCAUCUAUUCCCUGCUUCCAUAGGUACCAGCUAUUGAAGUAUUGGGCCACUUGCUUUGAUUUUAAUGAAUUUCUUUUUCCAUGUAGCCUGUACAGAGAGAUUACCUUGUUAGAACUGUUCUUCCACUACAAAAAUGUUCACUUUUAUUAAUUUUUUACCACUAGACUCCAUUUAAGCAAUCCUGUCACUAGAGGGUCCUCUAACAAAUUACCAAGAGUUCAAGUCAGUUUGAAUCAUGAAUGAGAGGGUUUAGCCAUUGCAUCUAUUUGUGCUUUUAGCUUCCAGUGGUAUGAGGGCACAGCCCCACUUUUCAGUGAGGGGAAUGAGCUGGUUGGGCUGCUGGGAGCCCCUGGGUGGCUGUCACUGCAGGCUGGCUCCUCUUGUGGGCCUGCUCUGCAGCUCAUCUACUGUGGGAUGUACAGAGAGACCUCAGCUCUCACUGCCUCCCUCAGUGGGAGGUGGACACACUUUGUGUCAGCUCUUGUUUUCUCAUCAGGGUCAGGCUUUAUGAGGUGCUGAGGUGAGGCUCUUCCCCUGUUCUCUGGAAUUUUGUAUUUCAUGUGUGUGAGUAUAUUUUGGGUCCUCUCUCCCCAUGUGAAUUGACCAUUCAGAGAAGUGGCACGAUGGUGAUACUUGUGCAGUGGAUUCAGUGGGUGUGUUUAAAUGCUUAAGAAGAAAAUUAGCCCGUGCACGAUUUCCCUUUUCCCCCAUAACCGUGAGUUUAUUCCAGUUUGGACCAAAAUUAUUAAGAGUCACAAAAUCUUAGUGAGUACUUUCUCCUCCUUGGCUUUGUAUAACAAAAAAAAUUCAGUCACUUUUACUUUCUUAAACGUAAGUUCCAAAGUAUUUUUGCCUUAUUUGGUGUGAUUUCUGUUGCUUUAAAGAGAAGUGGAUAGAAAAAGAAGAUACAUUUGGGUCAUGAGAAAUCUUGGUGUGUGUGUAUGAAACACAUGUACACAAAAAAGGUUCAUUUCCUUUCCUGUGGGGUUUGGGACCCAACUGCAUACCAUCUAAACAGAAAUCACAUGUUGCUCUUGUCUUUAAAAAUUAAAAAUUUUGUCUUUUAAAUUCCCAGUGAGGAGACUGAGGAUAUUCUCAGGGUGCUGCUGGCACCCUGAUCCCUGUCACAUGGAAUUGGCUUCAAGUGUGCUUGGAUGGCAUGACCAUAAAACCACAAUUCUUAGCUGUUGGUGCUGCUGCCUGGGCUGUGAUGAUGGCAGCAGGUACCUUCACUGUGCACAUUCAGGUUUGUCACUGCAGUGUUACUGGUUAAUAUCACAGUUUACAAAAAUAAUUAAAAAUGACGCACAAUCCAUAAACCGUGUGAGGGUGGGAGGUGCUGAAUGGAACUGGUGGUUCCCUCUUGGUCUGAUUUGUGCUUUAGGUUUUGUAAACUCCACAGUCUUGAGCAACUGACUUUUCUUUCACAUGGAUGUAUCUGACCAAGGUAUAACACAGCUGAAAAAUUGUGCUUUGAGUGUUAUUUCAAUCACAACAGUUUUUGGUGUAGAUACCUUCUCCCCACCAAACCCUUCCUGGUUCAUUUUAGGUCAUCCAGAAUUAUGAUUUAUAAUGUUCUCUGUUGUGGGUAUUUUGUUGUGUUACAAAAAAAAUUGAAAAUAUCUGUUGCCUUAGCUAGGCUGAUUUUUUUUGUUUUGUGGAAAGCAGUGGUAAUAUGUUUUUUUUUCCUUUGUUUGAAAUGUUACACUGAAUGUUUUGUAGGAAACUUUUUUUUUACUGUGUUUUCAAUAAAGGUAAAGUGUGAUUUA